AUGGAAGUGAGACAUGGAGCGUUGUCUACUGCUAAUGAGAAUGAGGUCAUCAUAGCUUCUGCCAUUUCAUCACUCUCGUCUUGUCAAAUCAACGCCAUUCAUUAUCAUCAUGAUUCAUACGCAUCCCAUGCAUGGCAGACAUAA